GUCGCACGUAUUCGAACUGGGCCUCGGCUACUGGAUCAAACGUUAUGGACGCGGACACAUGUGUGGGUCUGAUGCCUGAUAACAGCUACGAGUGGGGCACUUACCACUGCAAUCAGAAAAAUGUUGGUCUCUGCGAAAAGAGAUUACCUUGUGAAGCGUCUGCAACAUUCGUCCUUCAUGCUCAUGACGUGGACACAACUGACCAGUCAAUAACACCAACGCUGGAUGCCCAGUCGGAGGAGGAGUGCUCGACGCUCUGUCUCGAGUCGUGCCCGGAGUGCAUGUACUUCAUCCACGUGAACGGCACGUGCCGGCUGUUCGAUGACGUCACACCGUCCAGUCUGGUCAUCCAAAGAGCCGGAGCCAGGGUCUUCUGCAAGACACAGUGAAUAAGAAUAUUCUGCAGCUAUGACAAUUCAGCCAAUAUCCGUGAUCCCCAAAUCCAACUCAUCCAUUAUCGACAGCAGGGCAAAUUGGUGAAUUAAUUUAUC